AUGAGUGAUGACGAUCAAAUUGUACGACAGAGAACAGGGGACGUUGUAGAACCAACUAGUAUUACGGCUUCUUCGACUACUUCUAAUACUAUUAAUAUCGAUACACAAGAUGAUGUAUUAAACACUAAGAAACAAACAAGUGAUGAUGAUGACGAUGAUGAACAAAUUGAUCCAAUUAGACCUGAUUUUGAAGCUGCUGAAAAGUUACAUCAAGGCACAAGUCAUGUACCACCAAUAAUUGGUUUCUUAAAUAAACUUCUUCCACCACGUUGGGUUAAUUGGACUGUACGAUUAUUUACAGGCCUACUAUUAAUUUCCGGAUUUACACUUCUUAUUUAUUUGGGUCCAUUGGCAUUAGUACUUAUGGUUUUAGCUAUUCAAUUGGCUUGUUUCUAUGAAAUUAUCAAUAUUGGUUACUUGGUUUAUCGAUCGCAUGAUUUACCAUGGUUUCGAUUAUUAUCAUGGUAUUUUUUGUUUACAUCCAAUUAUUACUUAUUUGGUGAAAGUUUAAUAACUCGAUUUCGAUUACUUUUAGCUAAAGAAGAUUUUCUACAACCAUGGAUAACUCAUCAUCAGUUUAUUUCAUUUUCAUUAUAUUGUGCUGGGAUUGUUGCAUUUGUUUUAAGUUUAGUCAAAAGGCACUAUAUUAAACAGUUUACUUUGUUUGGAUGGACUCAUGUUACAUUACUUAUUUUCGUUACAUCAUCUUAUUUCUGUAUUGAAAAUAUUUUCAAUGGUUUAAUUUGGUUUCUUUUACCAGUCUGUUUAGUUAUAUGCAAUGAUAUAAUGGCAUAUAUAUUUGGAUUCUUCUAUGGAAAAACACCCCUUAUUAAAUUAUCACCUAAAAAAACAUGGGAAGGUUUUAUUGGUGGUGGUUUAUCUACUAUAAUAUUUAGUAUAUUAUUAUCUUAUAUAUUAUUAAAAUAUGAUUAUUUUGUAUGUCCAAUUGAAUGGGAUGAUACAAAAGGUUCGCUAACAAUGAAUUGUACUAGAAAUCCUGUAUUUAUAGCACAAAUCUAUGAUUUACCAAAAUAUUUAUUCUUUCUUCCAAUACGUCAAAUCACUUGGUAUCCAUUCCUACAACAUUGUUUAAUUAUCAGUAUAUAUACAUCAGUUGUUGGACCAUUUGGUGGAUUUUUUGCUAGCGGUUUUAAAAGAGCAUUUAAAAUUAAAGAUUUUGGUGAUUUAUUCCCUGGACAUGGUGGUGUAGUUGAUCGUUUUGAUUGUCAAUUAAUAAUUGGAACAUUUGUGCUAUUUUAUUAUAAUUCAUUUGUUCGAACUUAUAGUCCUGUUUCACUAUUACCAAAAAUCUACGUUUUACCAUCAAAUGCACAAAUUCUAUUUUAUCGUCUACUUACGGAUGGUCUUAAUAAACGUGGUCUACUACCUAAUCAAUUAGUAGAUGCAGUAAAUGAAUAUCUACCAUCUUCAUUAGGAUCAAGUUCAACAAUAAUACGAUCAACUAAUUCAUUAUCUUCAUCACAAUCAUCAUCAUCAUCAUCGAUGAAUAAUGUUGAAGUAUAG